AGAAUAAUAAACAAAAGAUAGAGAUACAGAGCAGUGAGUCAGUGACUGUAUUUUGAGAUCAGAUUCAGGUUGAAAGGGAAGAAUGGAGAAGCUUAUAUCAAGAAGGUACAAAGAAAGACCUAUGCCUGAGGGUUACAUAUUCCCACCCGAUGUAAGACCCGGAAAGCUUGCUGUCGUUCCUCUAUGCAACAACACCAUUCCAGUCAUUGAUUUGGGUUUGGAUGGUGGAGGAGCAGCACAAGCUUGUGAUAUAGUUGGCCAAAUACUUGAGGCCAGCCAAGAAUUUGGAUUUUUUCAGGUAAUUAAACAUGGGAUAUCAGAAAAUUUGUUGAAGGAGACAGUGGGAUUGUUGAAAGAGUUGUUCCAAGAGUUGCCUGAUGAGGACAUUGCAAGCCUCUACUCCGACGACCCCAACAAAAGCUGCAGGCUCUUCACCAGCACCAGCGGUGGAAAUUUUGAUGCGGAACCUGUUCAUUUUUGGCGUGACAGCCUCAAACACCCUUGUCAUCCUCUUUCACAGGAAUGCAACCAACUUUGGCCUGAAAAACCAACCAGAUAUCGAGAUGUUGUCGGGGAAUGUUCGACACAAGUGAGGGAACUGGCUUGGAAGAUCUUGGAGCUAAUGAGUCAAGGACUUGGGCUGGGACCUGGGUAUUUCAGGGGUGAAGUAAGCCAAGAAAUGUUACUGUCAGCAAAUUAUUACCCACCUUGCCCGGAACCAAGUUUAACACUAGGAUUACCUAAACACGGUGAUCCAAACCUUAUAACCAUUUUACUCCAAGGGGAUGAUCAUGUCAGUGGUCUGCAAGUUCUCAAGGAUGGGGAAUGGAUUUCUGUUGUUCCUUUUCCACAUGCGCUUGUGGUUAAUGUCGGUUAUCAAUUACAGGUUAUCAGCAAUGGCAAGUUGAAAAGUGCUGAACACCGGGUAGUGACGAAUUCAAGUGCUGCUCGGAUUUCAGCUGGGUUUUUCGUGAUGCCUUCCCAUGAUUGCCUUAUAGAACCUGCUGCAACUCUUAUCAAUGCAAGCAAUCCCCAACUUUACAAAGGCUUCCCAUACAAAGACUUCUUUCUCAACUUUGGUAAAACGCUGGGAAAAACCGAACAAGUACUGGAUCGCUUUAAGCUUCAGGGUUAGCUAGCUCAAUGCAACUUGAAACGGGAUAUUCAAAAGUUUCGCUUUAAGCACUGCUCAUUUGAUCAAAUGUCAUUUUUGCUCUCUGACGAGGCUAAAACUUACAAAGGUCUCCGACUACAGUUGGAGUUUAUUUUGGGUCAUUUUAUUGAUAAGUGCCAUCUCUGUGAAGAACUGAGAAUCGAGUUCGAGUGAAAUUUGCAUAGUUGUGCGAAUCAUGUGUAUCCAAUUAAUCUCGAAUACAUAUGUGAUGAGUACCGCAAUAUAUGGAAAUUUGUUUAUUUUCAUGUA